AACACCAAACGACGUAGUUUUUACCAUAACCGCGAAACAUCGACGGCAAAACGAUUUUCUUCACAGUCUGGGAAAUAGACGUAGGCUGCGCCACACCGCCUCAGUUGCAGCUUCAAAACAGAAACCCUAGGGGAGUUCAGAUUCUGAUUGGUUGCGAUUACCCAGAGAUAACAGAGAGAUUCAAUUGGGAAAAUCAGGAAAACCCUAAUUAGAAAUCUGAACCCAGUAAGGUCAUUUUCCGUACAGAUAAUACAGAAUGGGGAAGAAACAGCACAGCAAAGAUCGAAUGUUCAUCACCAAGACGGAGUGGGCCACCGAAUGGGGUGGCGCCAAAGCCAAGUCUACCUCCACUCCUUUCAAACGCCUCCCGUUCUAUUGCUGCGCGCUUACGUUUACGCCUUUUGAAGACCCAGUGUGCACGGCAGACGGCAGUGUUUUCGAUAUACUGAAUAUAAUUCCCUAUAUCCGAAAGUACGGAAAGCAUCCCGUCACCGGAACUCCAUUGAAGCAGGAGGAGCUCAUACCACUAACGUUCCACAAGAAUGCUGAUGGAGAGUUUCAAUGCCCUGUUUUAAACAAGGUUUUCACUGAAUUUACACACAUAGUUGCUGUGAAGACAACAGGAAAUGUCUUCUGCUAUGAGGCAGUUAAAGAACUAAACAUCAAGACCAAGAACUGGAAGGAGCUCCUCACAGAUGAACCAUUUUCUAGGCAAGAUCUGAUAACCAUUCAGAAUCCCAAUGCACUUGAUAGCAAGGUUCUCGUGGAAUUCGAUCAUGUUAAAAAUAGUUUGAAAAUUGAUGAUGAAGAAUUCAAGAGAAUGAGUUCCGACCCAACCUAUAACAUAAAUGUAACUGGAGAUGUCAAACAGAUGCUCAAAGAGCUUGGAACUGAAAAAGGAAGGCAAACUGCUCUGCAUGGAGGAGGUGGCAGCAAGGCACAAAAUGAACGGGCUGCUGCACUUGAAGCCAUUUUAGCUGCAAGAUCACGUAUUAAAGAGGAUCCUAAAUCAAAUUCGAAUGGGGAGGCUCCUCAGGCGUACAGUAUUGUAGAUGCUGCUUCUGCUUCAGUGCAUGGAAGAAGUGCUGCUGCUGCAAAAGCCACAUCAAGUGAUAAAACUGCAGCUCGAAUAGCUAUGCACAAGGCUGGUGAGAGGGCACCAGUGAAUGCAAAGAUGGUAAAGAGCAAAUUCACCACUGGUGCUGCUUCGAGAUCCUUCACUUCUACCGCCUUUGAUCCUGUUACUGAAAAUGAAUUUGAAUAUGUCAAAGUUGAGAAGAAUCCGAAAAAGAAAGGAUAUGUACAGCUACGUACAACACAUGGUGAUUUGAACAUUGAGCUACACUGUGAUAUAACCCCCAGGGCUUGUGAGAACUUCAUAACUCUUUGUGAACGUGGCUAUUAUAAUGGAGUAGCUUUUCACAGAAGCAUUAGGAAUUUUAUGAUUCAAGGUGGUGAUCCUACUGGUACCGGAAAAGGAGGAGAAUCUAUAUGGGGAAAGCCUUUUAAUGAUGAAUUGAACUCCAAGUUACUUCACUCUGGAAGGGGUGUUGUCAGUAUGGCUAACAGUGGGCCCCACACUAAUGGCUCCCAGUUCUUCAUCCUUUACAAGUCUGCAAAUCAUUUGAACUUUAAGCACACGGUUUUUGGUGGAGUCGUUGGUGGCUUGACAACACUGGCAACAAUGGAAAAGGUUCCUGUUGAUGACAAUGACCAACCUUUGGAGGAAAUUAAGAUAACAGGUGUCACAAUUUUUGUUAAUCCUUACACAGAGCCUGAUGAAGGGGAAGAAGAGGCCAAAGCUGAGGAGAAAGCUGAGGAUGAAGAUAAGGACAAGAUUGGGUCUUGGUAUAGCAAUCCGGCUACAGGAACAGUAGAAUCUGGAUCUGCUGGUGGUGGUGGUGUUGGGAAGUACUUGAAAGCAAGGAGUGCUCUACCUGAAUCUGCUGCAGUUAAUGCUGGUUCGACGGAGCUUGCUUCGACAAAGAAAAGGAAAUUGGGAGUUUCCGCAACAAACUACAAUAAUUUUUCUUCAUGGUAAUUGGUAAAUGUCCCAAAUGUUGUAUUGUACCAAAUGUAGAUAGUGUUUUGGAUGAGCGAGUAGAAAGAGCGUUGUAAUCUGUUCUUUUGAGGUAUAAAAAGAGCAGAUGUGGAGCGUGCGGAGGGAUAAAAACUGUCUACGAUUGUACUUCAAAGCAACAACAGAAGUUUUGAAUUACAGGAUU